CACUGUGAAGGUCUCGGCAGCAGUAUAUAUAUGAGCUUAACUUCAUGUGCGAAGCAUCGCUGAACCCCAACUUCACCUCAAAAGGGAGAACAAAUGGCCGACUACGAGAAGACGCAGUACAACCCCGCAUGCCACUGGGUAGUCUGUAAAGGCUCCGAGAUACCGAGCAACGCGGUGGCCGGAGGUGACGACAAAGGAGGCGAGGUGAUAUACGUGGGGCGAGCCCUGUGCAAGGGCGACCUCCUGCCGGGGAAGGUGGUCCGCUCCCGGAGCGUCUGCUACGUCUCCAAUGGAGGGCUCGAGUACUCGUCCGGCGAUUACCAGGCGCUGGUCUGCCGCGGUGCGUCCCUGGCGUGGCGAGUGGCGUCUGACGGUGCCGUGCCGAGCGGAGCCAUCCAGGGCGGCGUCACGAAAUCGGGAGAGCCGCUCUACAUCGGCCGCGCCCAUCACCAGGGUCUGCUGCUCAUUGGCAAAGUGCACCCGUCGCACAAAACCAUGUACAUUCCUUACGACAAGAAGGAGUACGGAUACGCCCAAUACGAAGUGCUGACGCUGAAGACGCUCAACCUGUGAGAUUACGAGAAACAAGACCAACUCCACACGCACGACAACGUUCUCGCAGCAGCCCGCAAGCGACAUAUCGCCGGCAAGCAACGCGUUUCCGAGGGCCGCGCACAUUUGCUCUUCCACGGCCGCCUUUCUUUUUAUCCAGCGGCCGUGGCUCUUCGAACAAUGGCUGGUUGAGCAAUGGCGCAAACGUUCAUGGAGCCGUAAAUAAUGGAGGAAACAAAUCUCAUCAUUGCGAAUUUCCUUAUUUCUGUUGAAGAGCGACUUCGUGUUUGAACGCAUCUUUUAAUAUAUUUAAAGAGAUAUUAUUAACUUAAAA